GUGCAGUGAAGGUGCAAAAGGGAUGCAUAGGAUGUGGAUUUGAGGAUGAUGUCAAAAUUGCACUGGAUGAAACAAAACUAUCGACAAAAGAAUGAUGCAUGAAUGACCGGACCUUUUUUUAUUUUCUACAUUUUUUGGCGACUUUUGUCAUUGUAGAUUGUGGUCUUCAUUGUUCUCCCUUUGUGCAGUUAUGUUGAGAACGUUUUUAACCUCUUCGCUCCGCACUCAAAGAUUGGUGAUCCACCGUACAGCGAUACGAACAUUAUCGUAUUCAGCUAUUCGACAUGAUGAACUGUCCGAUAAAGGAAAAAACGGUCGCCGUACAAUACCAAAGGAUAUGUUGCGUGAAAUAAGAUCUUCCGUGCCCAAGCCAAUGCGAAACGAAUUCUCCCAUACAUUGUCCACAGAAGAGCUCAGAAAAAUCGAGGUAAACAGCGAUAGCCACUAUGUCCCACAACGGAUUGGCGAUCGCCUCGCUUACAGGAUCGUACGUAUCCUUCGGCUGCUUCCCGACCUUUAUUUUCGUGACGACCAUUAUAUGAGAGCUUUGAUGCUGGAAACCAUCGCUGCAGUGCCGGGUAUGGUGGGUGGCAUGCAAAGGCACAUGCGUUCAUUAAGCAACUUGAAACCCGAUACUGGCUGGAUUAUCCAUUUGCUGCAUGAGGCUGAAAAUGAACGCAUGCAUCUGAUGAUCUUUAUGAAAUGUAUACAACCCAAUUUCUUCAAUCGACUGCUCAUUCUCUUUGCCCAAGGUGUAUUCUUCAAUUCGUACCUCCUACUCUACUGCAUUUCAUCCCAGACUGCGCAUCGCUUCACCGGUUACCUCGAAGAAGAAGCCAUCCAUUCCUAUACACACUUCCUCAACGACUUGGAGGCUGGAAAAAUUCCAGACCGUCCUGCUCCUCAAUUAAGUAUCGACUAUUAUAAUCUCCUUCCUUCGGCUACAAUUCGUGAUGUAGUGCUAGCUGUGCGAGCCGACGAAGCUCUUCAUCGCGAUGCAAAUCAUUAUUUCUCUGACCGAAUUGCUCAUCAUGAUGAGGAUUUAACAAAGGAUAUUCCGGGUGAGGAUAAAAAGGAACAAUAAAAAUUAAAAGACCGAUGUUGUUGCGCACCCGCGAUUUUCGUCACGGAUUCAUCGCCAAGUGUGCUCCUUCUUUUCCAUCCCUUAUCCAUCCGUCAUGUCUGGUAAGCGUGCUGCUCCCAAGAAGCAAGUUGAGCCUGUCACUCUCGGUCCCCAGGUCCGUGAAGGUGAACUCGUCUUUGGCGUUGCUCACAUCUUCGCUUCCUUCAACGACACUUUCGUCCACGUUACCGAUCUUUCUGGUCGCGAAACCAUUUCUCGUGUUACUG